AUGGACACUUGGGCAAAAUAUGAUGACAUUGAAAUAUAUACAAAUUUGGAUUUAGUUUCUGACAUAUUUCGAAAUCCUCGUAUUCGAAACAAUACAAUAAUUGAUAUGUUUUUGCUCAAUGUACCUUUAGAAAAACUGACUUUGCAUAGUUUAUUUCCUUUCUUAUUUGAAAUUUUAUUUCAACCAAGUCUUGAAAUUAUCAAUGCAUUACAACCUAUUUUUCAAGAUAUUGAAAAUGGGUACACGCUCACUUGUAUACACUUGCGUAUGGGACAAAACCCAUCCAAUCCAUUGGAUGCUAGUUUCGGAGAUCGAGCUUCAGCCGUCGAAGAUAUAAUAAAUUUUUUGAAUAGAACGAAAUUACAAAAAAUGCGAAAUACAAGAGUUUUUGUCACGAGUGAUUCUGACCAAGCAUUGUCAAAAAUAGUUCACCAAUUUCCAAGUCAAACUGUAACAAUACCUGGUCCAAUCAUUCAUGUCGAUCGUCCAGCUAAUAGAAUUCAUCUCCUUCAUGGAUUUCUUAAAGUAGUUAUCGAUUUUUAUGUCUUGGGGGAAUGUGAUACAAGUAUUUUGACAGCUAGUGGAUUUUCGGCAUUAGCCAAUCGACGACGAACAGAGCCAUACCAAAAAUUAUUUAAAUACGAUGGCUCGCAUAGACAAAUCGAACGUUGCCACGAUAUCUACGAAUAUGCACAGCCACCUAAAACCGUGAAAGUUGGCUCGUAUUGUAGAGUAGUUUUCAAUUGUUCUUCUCGCGAAAUGUGA